UUUUGCUCGUUGAACUGAAUAGUCGAUUAUAGAAAUACACUCACGAUAACAACAGAAAAUACACAAUUCAUAUUCAUUUUUUCUUUUCUUUUCUUUUGUUGUAUUUUUAAUCAACAAGAAAAACCGGGAACAAGAAAAAUAAGAGAAUUUUUUUCGUAUGCACAAGAAAGAACUUUCUUUACAGCACAAAUAUUUGUAUUUUGGAUGAUUUUUUUAGUCUGUUUAAAAGUAAUUUGUGGAAUUUUAUUAUGAACGAUUUUUGUAGUGAAAUUUGUGAGACUUUUGAAGAAUUUUUGUAAAUAUUAAAGACUAGAUUGUGAAAAUUUUAGAAUAUUUUUAAAAAAUUGUGAAAAUUGUUGCAAAAAUUGUGGACGAAACUUUUGUGAAAAAUUUGCAAAAAUGUGAAAUUAAAGAAUUUUUUUAAAAUUUUUGCAAAAAAAACAAAGUUGAAAAAAUUGUCAUCAAAACUAUAAAUUUGUGAUGAAUAAUUGAUAAAUUUUUAAAAAAUUCAGAAAAUUUAAAAUUGUUGAAAAAAUCGAAAUUUUCAAUAAAGUGAAAAAAAGUUCACGAGACCCCCAAAAAAAAUAUUUAAAUCUCGCAAAAUCCAAGGCGAUAAAAAAAAUCAUAAAAAAAAGAUUUCAUCAGUGAAAACACAAGUGUUAAAAUAAUAACAAGAUUAAUUAAGAUAUACAAUAAAAAAAAUUGUGAUUAAGAAGAACAAGUGCGAGAAACAAUUACAGUAAUUAACUUUUUUUUGUGAAAUAAAGCAAAAAAUCCACGAAUUUAAAUAAAAGAAAAAGAGAAAAAAAAUGUGAAUUUCGGUGAAUUUUCUUAACAAGUCAUAAGCACAUAAUUAGACGCACGAGAUACACAAAAAAGUUGUUAUUUUGGCGUGUGACUUAAAAAAUAUUCGAAAAUGAACCAAAAUUGAAAGUUUUUUUUCGAGUGUCGAUUAAAAAUAAUAAUCUUCAACAAAACCGAUGAGAAUCAGCUGGAUGAAUCCACAGUGAAUUAAUAAUUAAGCUGAAUAAUUAAAGAAAAAUUUUCGUUGUCAUCCUGCAAACUUUAACAUUCAAUAAAACUUUAAUCAAUUUUAUUAAUUUCUAAUGCACAAAUCAACAGCUGUUCUUCGUGAAUAUCAACUUAAUCAUUAAACUUUUAGUUCUAAGCCACAUUUAUCAAGCUAACAAUUUGGCAUUAAAUCGACACAAUAAUCAACAAAAGAAUCCAAUUUUAAUCAACUCGAUUUCUAAAUUCAGUGCUCAAAAAAAAGAUUUGUAAUUGCAAGAAGAAAACUAGUACAAUUUUAAUAAUAAAUUGAUUGUCGUUAACCUGCUACAUGCGUGUACAUUCUCAUUUCAUAUUUAGACUGUGCAAAAAAAAAAAGUUUCACAUGAUAAUAGAUUAGUGUCGAGUGAUAAAGAACCCCGAAAAAAAAAAUUGUUUCAUUAAAGUUUCUUCUUAUUAUUUUCAUACAGUGUAGCUGUGUAUGUGUAUUACGCACAAAAAAUAUAUAUAAUAAUAAUAAUCUAUAGAAACAGCAGCAGCAGUGAAAUAAAUAAGAAGUAAGAAGGAACAAGAAACACAUCAUUAAACAAUUAAAAGAAUAUUUUUAACUGCAAAGCAUCACGAAGAAUCGCAUAGCAACUGCUCAAAUAGCAAUUAAUAACAUUAUCGUCAUCCUCAUCUACUUCUGCAUCAAAUCAAGUGUCGAAUGCAGAGUGAAACGAUAAUAAAAUAAGAAUAAAAUUGCAUUACAAAUAUUCUCUAUUUUUUAUCGUUUAUUUCUAUCAAUCUUUCAAUGAGGCACCGUAGCUUAAUGCAAAAGGCACGAAGAAAAAAUUGAAAAAACACACAUCUCCGGCAUUAAAAGGUAUAGUGACGUGACGAAAACGACAACAAUAAUAAAAGUCGAGAGAAAGAGGAAGUGGAGAAAAAAAUGACAGAUGCAAUAAUGAAACUAUCAGAUAUGCAACAGAGAUCGAUAGAAUAUGAACGUCAACGACAUUUAGCCAAUUGGUUAAUUGAAUCUAGUCCACAUAUGCCGAAACCCGUACAAUGCCAGCAGCCACAACAGAAAAAACAGAAAAAAAUAUUCACAACGUCAAUAUUUCACGAUUCAUUUUUGUUUCUAAGUAAAUUUGGUCCAUCGACGACACAAAAUCACCAUCACCAGAGCACCGAACAAGAUCAAAUUAUUCAGUCACCUGCGCCCAUAAUAACUCCACAUACAGUACAACAGCACACAAAUCUAACGAAAUCAUCGUCAGCAUUCACAUCGUCACAAACAAAUUUACCAUUACAAAUUGUCCAAUCGAGUCGUGAUGGUAACAAGCCAAAACUGAGAAGGUUUAACUCGCAUGAUACGAGUGCAAAUAUGUUUUCUGUGGCAGACUUUGAGAACGCUCGUUUAGCACGGCGCAAUGAACUGGAACUAGUCAGACAAAAGCAACGAUAUAAAAUGAACUCGUUGAGUUCGGGCUGUGAUUCAUCGACAGGCGAUAGUAAAGGAUCAAAAUUGAGUAAUGAGUCAAAAAUCAUCAACAAUGAUCCAAUGUCAGCUGAAAUGUUUCUCGAUCGUUAUUCGUUGCCGAGAGUGGCUCGAUUAAUUGUGCCACAGACGAAAGGUAUUUAUGAUGAAAAACUGAAUCAGUCAUCAAAUUCAAUGGCAGUAAAGAGCAAAAAGUCAGUAAAUCAUGGCAAUAGUAGUUAUCCAAUUAAUCCCAAUCAACAACAAAUGACUACCAACAGCCAUGAGAGUGGAAAUGGUGCAAACUAUCAACAGCAAAACGAUGACAUAAAAGCUAAUGCAACAACAGUCAUAGCGGAUAACAAUAAUAACGGAGAAUUAUUUUUGUUGUAUCGGCACUUGAAGAAGUAUAAAGUUUAUCAUGCGAUCAAUGCAAAAAGUGGCACGAACAGGAAGAAAGGCAUUAAGAUACCACAAGAUUUUACAGGAUAUUUUUCACUGGUAAACGAAAAAGGUAUGCCGACAGCAACAUUGUACACCACUAUGAUACAAUUAGUUCGAGAGCGUGUCUACAAGUUCUUAUCUGUUGACAAUAUGCAGGCUUAUACUGAGUCAAAUCCUAGUGAUAACAUGAACAGCAAGUCACAUUAUAUUAAGACGACAGCAAAGGCUGGUGAAAUCUUCCGUUUAUUGGCUGUGUUUGAGGAUGGGGGACAGAGUAAUGGCAGCUAUUCAUCGACAAAGAAAGACAACCUUAAUAGUAUCGGUCGAGAAAAGGAAAAGGGUCGUUAUGUGCAAUUGAUGUCAGAGAGUCGUCAGAUCAUUUAUGUGGCACUCUCGACAAAAGGAAAGUUCUAUGAAAUUGAGCAUAACAGCAGUACGCAACAGCAACAACAAAUGUUGACGAAAUCAAGUAGUGGAAAAGGGAAGCAAUUAAAUGCUGAUUGUGUCCAUAAAAUAAGCAGUAUAAUUACAGACGAAACGAUAUUUCCACUUAAUCUUAAAUUUAUAUCGAAACAUGUUAAUGGACUAACACAUGUUACCAUUCCUGAAAACAUAAAAAUAACAAAAGUAUCAAUUGAGAAUUCCGUCAUUGCAUGUCCAAUCGAUGAAACAGAAUUUUGCAAUCCACUACAUCUGGUGAAACUCUAUCUCCAUUCUGACAUGAAAUUUAUGAAAAGCACAUUGGGCUUUGAGAAUGACAAAGUCAUGUUUUCAAACCAAAACGUUCAGAAUUUAUUGAAAUUUUGUCAGUUCAAUUGUGAUAAUUUUGCACGAGCAAUAGAAUAUGAAACAUUACCGAAAGAGAACAUUAUGAAGUCAAAUGACAAUUUAGCGAUGUCAGCAAAUAAGGUUAAAUCAAAGACGUCAGCAUUCUCGAAAUUCUUCAGUAGUGAUAAAAAUUCCCCAGCUCAUGAACGUGAGGAUUCAAUUAUUUUUCUAUCGAAAAAUGAUCUAGAGAAUUUGGAGCAACAAAAGCAAUUGAAUCAAGAGAGUCAGGAAAAGAUGAAGCCAUUUCAACCGAGCAAUAAUAAGAAGGGGUGGUUCAAGAAUUUGAGGAACCCAUCAAGUAACAGUAAUACGAAUCCAAGUAGCAGUAAGACGAGCUCAUUCAUUAAUUUGAACAGCAAUAGUAUGGAUAGGUACCAAGAUAUGUCAAAAUUAAUCCAAGAACGAUUUGGUACAAUAGAAAUUAAUGAAAAUCCUUCAACUACAUUGAAAUCGUCAUCGGAAAUAAGCUAUGAUUUGAAUGAUAGAACCAAUAAAGCUAUGCAAAAAUGCUUUUCAUUACAAAACAUCGAACUGAAUAGUUCAAUGGACAUACAAGCACCUGAUUUAGUGGCAAAGCACAAAAAGCGUAACAGCAUGCAAAACGAUGACAAUAAAAUUGAGAAGGACUUAACUUACAAUGGAAAUAUUCAUUCAUCAAAUGAUUCUGCACUUAAUUCCAAUUCAAAUCCACGUCAGCAGAGUUUCAUUACUGAAAAAUUAUUUAAUGAAUUUUAUGUUAAGACGAAACAAUAUAGCAAAUCAUCAUCGAGUUUACAUCAAUUGCUUCACUUCUCUGUACCACAAAAGAUGAACAUACGAGAGACGCGAAAGAGGUUAGAGAAAGUUGAUGAUAAUGAUGAUGAUAAGAAGCAUAGCAUUAAUCGUAAAGAUGACCAGACAAAAUCGGCACUUAUGCAGUUACAAUUACCACCACCACCAUCAACAGAACCGUCAUCUGAAAAUGAGAAUAAUGAAUCUACACAUGACGAUGAUGCUUCAAUAAUAACCGAUGAUCUCCCUUACUGUUCCGUUCGUGAUUCAAUUGUACAAGCUCAAAUCAUUGAAGCACCACGUGAAACACCAACUGAAAGUAUUUAUGCAGAAAUUUGCGCGAACACGCCUCCCGUACCGUCAUCAAAUGGAUCAGAAUUAUCGUACAAUGUUGAGAAACCGAUUCGUGCAGUUAAAAAUCAUAAUAAUAUAAGCAGCAUUCGUAUAUCAUUUGGUCAAGAUAUUCAUACAGGCGAUUCAGCAGUCAAAUAUAAUUAAAUUAACUUUUUUUACAUCAUUUCCAUCUCACUUCUCGCUCUCAUUCUAUUAAUUCAUCAUUAUUAUUAUGUAAUAAUAUUUAAUGAUUCUCUUUCAUGUAUUUUUUUGCACAUUUAAAUGCAAAGUAAAAAUAAAUCAUCUCGCACAGAAUCGUGCACCAACUAAUAUAUCCAUUUAUAUUAAUGUCUAUAACUUCUUUCCUUCAUUAGAUUUUUUUUUUUGCAAUUUCAUUAUGAAAAAUUAAAAAAAAAUUAUAUAUUAUAUGAGUAAAAAUGGCAAGAAAUCAGAACAUAAAGCGCAUUUUAGUUUAAUUUCACUUAACUUUCGUUCCAAGCAGGCAGUGGCAUAGCCAGAAUUUUCAAGAGGGAGAAAUAGAGUCUUUUUUGACUUAAGAGAAAUGACAACUACCCCUUCAGCUGGCUAUGGGUCUGCUAGCAAGGUUAUCAAUCGUGCAAUUCAUCACCCAGCAAAGCCAUAUUCAAUAUCCAAAAACUUUACAUUUCUGAAUCAAUUUAUACUCAACAAUUUAAAUUAUUCUAAAUAUCCAGUCACUCAAAAUGUACAUAAGAGCGCUCUAAUUUUAUUAAAUCACACAAAAAGUCUUCUUCCUUUCAAACUGACUUUAUAUUCUCUUCCAAUUUUCAAUUUCAAUUAAAUUUCCCAACCUAAAAUUCAAUUUGAUUAAGUAAACAAAUAAAAAAAGUUACACAUAAAACGUGCCUUAUAUUAUUGAGCAAGAAAUUAAUAAUAAAUAAUAAAAUAAUGAUGAUAAAUUCAUAACUUAAAGUCUUGUGUAAUUUGAAUUUAACUUUUUUUGGGAGAGGAGAUAUAAAAAAAUUGAAAUUUAAUGCACAAGUAGAAAAAAGAAUAAGAGAAGUUUUCUACAGAAAGGCUUCGAUAUUUAUUGGAAAGGAGAUACAAUAAAGUUUCGAACUCUGGAAAACUUACAAAAUAGAGCCAUUGUGUCGCUAAGGAAUUAAGUGAAUUCUUAUUAAAUUGAAAGAAUUUCGAAUUUUUUUGAAACUGAUUGAAACCAAUGGGAUCCUUGAGCUAGGCUGUAUGAACACUACCUUAUAGGAAGCAGUGAGCUUCUUUUGCAUUACAUAUGAUUUGAAAAACAAUUUGAUUAAAUUCUUUGAUCGGAAAUUUUGAAAUAUAUAGUUGACUUAAGGGCCGUUCACUUAUUACGUCC